UGUUUCUUUGGUGCGAUAAGUCGCUCGCCGUUAUUUUCAGCUUGGUGAUCUGUUUUACGCUAGAAAUUCCAAUAAUUGACUCAUCGCAGACAUUUUGGUGUGUACAUUAGCUCGUUUCGUUUUCAUCCAGACUUUUCCUCGAAUUACAAAGGAAAAAAGUUGAAUAAUUGGCCAUUCCAAGUGAAUUUGAGAAAAAAUCAAUUAAAAUUGGAUAAUAUGUUGCAAAAGAUUCUAUCGUUUCGAUCAUUCACUUAGAAAAGAAAAAUACAAGGGCAAAUGGGCGUUUCCAGUUCUAAUUCGUUGACCAUUUCAUGGAUAGUUUUUGUUCUGACUGCGUUUGGAAUACAUAAUUCAAUUGGAAUUGAAUUAUGUACGGAAAAAAUCCGUCAAGUGUGCGAUUGCUUCUAUUAUCCAGUAUUUUCAGUACGAUGUUCACACAAAAGUUUAAGCGAAUAUCCCGAUUUCAACACAAUUCAGAAUGUGGUUGAAAAGUUGGAUGUAUCAUACAAUGACCUAACCAAAUUCCCGCCAAGGCUUCUGAACUUUUUUGCAUUGGAAAUACUUGACGUAUCGCACAAUCGAAUCGACUUCAUAUCGCACGAUGUGAUACUCCCGAAUAAUUUGCGUCACUUGAUAUUGUCGUACAACAAUAUCAGUGAUUGGCUCAGUCUGAGUCCGAAUUCACUUCUGGAGUCGGCCCCUAAUUUAGAAACUUUAAAUUUAGCUGGAAACCCUUUGGGCGCGUUCAACGACAAGGAUGACCGAUUACUGUUGAUAAGCAGUAGUUUGAAAAAACUUGACUUGAGCGAUUGUCAAAUUCAUAAAAUCAGUGGUUCGCUUAUGUUGACUGGUCUGGUGAAUUUAGGCCAUUUGUCACUAAAUUCGAAUCCAUUGUACCAAAUCGGCCAAAGUGAUUUGCAAGCCAAUAAAUUAGUGCAUUUGGAUGUGAGCAAUUGUAAACUGGGAAUACUGCGACCAACGGUUUUUUCACAAAUGCCAGCAUUGAACUUUGUAAAUUUUAGCGGAAACAGCCGGUUAUCUUUGGUUCAUCGAGACGGAGAAUACGUUGAAUCGGUAUCAUUGAGACAAAUCGAUUUGUCAAAAUGCAAUUUGAAUGCCGUUGAAUUGAAAGGCUUUCCAAAUCUCACUUCAGCCAAUUUUCAUGGGAAUUUGAUCACAGAACUGUUCGAUAACACAUUCCAGAACAAUAUUUUAAUUGAAAAUUUGGAUUUUUCAUCGAAUUCAAUCAACCGCAUUUCCGUCAUGGCAUUUCAAUGGCUAAAACGUUUACGAAGUGUUGACUUAUCACUAAAUAUGAUUCGGAAAAUUGAAGCGGAAACAUUUGAACAAAAUCAACAAUUAACAGCCAUAAAUUUAAGUCGAAAUUUUUUCGAUCGUUUUCGACGAUUCAUAAGCCAGAGUUUAACAUUUUUGAACAUGAGUCGCUGUGAAAUUACUAAAAUCGAUGACGAUGCUCUAGAUGAUCUUCUUGAAUUAAUUGAAUUGGAUUUGUCUUACAAUUGGUUCAGCGAAUUGCCGCAGAAAUUUGGAGCACCCUUUCUACAGAUUUUGGAUCUAAGUCGAUGCAGACUAUCACAUAUAGAAAACUGCACCUUUGCUAAUUUUCCAGAGCUGUCGCGCUUAAAUUUAGCUGGAAAUCGUCUCACAACCACUUUUCGAAAGCAGUAUUUCGCGAGCAAUAACUAUUUGAACGAAAUUUGGCUCGGAGAUAAUCCGUGGCGUUGCGAAUGUGAUAAGAAAAGCCAUGAAUUUUAUAAAUACAUCACCGACCGUCCACCACGGCUAAAAGAUCCUUCACAAUUACGAUGCUAUUCGCCGGGCGAUUCAUACGGUGUUUUUUGGGAGAUGGCCUGUUUCAAUUAUUGGGUCGAGACACCUCGACGAACGAGUGCGUUCGAGAGAGCUUGGACAAUGUUAAUGGCCAUCGUCAUCGUUGUAUCAAUGAUAUAUUCAGCGAUAUACGGAUUGCGAUGGUGGGCUCAGCGUCGUAAAGAAGCUCGUGAGGAACGACAACGACAAGAGAAUUUGGAAACAACAAGAGAACUAACGCGCCACAAUCAAAUGGUGCUUGAGCAAGAGGGACAAUUGAAUGCACCAGAUCCUCGUGAAACACAUCCACCAUGUUAUGCUGAUGCGAUAAAAAUGCCACGGCCUCUGUCUUCACUCACUUCACUGAAACAAGCGAAUUGCUCAAGUAAUGAUUCAGUAAACUCCAUUCGUCGUGCCACGAAACGUUGUCGAAGUGAUGGCCUUCUGAGUGUAAAUGGAACCAGUAAAAAUCAACGUGUCAUUUUGGCAGUUCGGCCACAAAACUGGAUUCUCAAUUCAGGUGGAUCAUCGGCGACCACAACAGGUUUAGUAAAGGAUAAUUCAGCAUUGGCCACUGGUUCGAGUCAAAAGAGCUUUGAAAUAAUCAAUCAACUUGAAACAAAAGACGGACACAGUCCAUACGCUAAAAGAAAGUCUCAUUUAAAUAGUGAAACUGUCACACAAAUUCAUUCAAGCUGUGAGUCCUUGAAUGAGCCCAUCUACGCAAAUGGAGACAUUGUCGCUGCCCACAGUUGUUACCGUAGUGAAAUUAGUCUAACCGAGAGUGAAAUACCUCAAACGUCGCAUUCAUUCUACGCAUCGAACGAAGCAUCGUAUUCAACAUCAUCUACUUCCUCAUUCGAUUCAGACGAGUACUACUUGGGAUUGUAUCAUCAUGAAGAGCGCACAUCCAAACAGUCGGAAGUUUAAACAAAAUUUAAAAUUGGGAAAUGACAAUUGACAAUUGAAACAUAGCAUAAGAUGUAAGAAUAUUUUUAUGAGAUUUUUUUUUAGAUAUAAUUUAAAAUAAAGUUGAAAUGAUAGAACUCGUUUAUGGACACGAAAAA